GAUAUGAUGACGCCAUGUAACUACAACUCCAAUGGCCUGCAGGAUUACGACGUACCGCCUCCGGAUAGAGACUUUAUUAACAUUAGGUCAUCAUCGCGUAGACCAUCUUAUGACCCUUUUAGAAAUUCAGCAGGGUCGAGGAAAGCAUCCCUUGUUGGUGAAUUGUAUGAUACUCCUCCCAAUAGCAAGCGAACCUCAGAAGAGACUUCUGAAGGAAUCUAUGACACGCCACCAAGCAGCAAGAGAGCAUCCAGUGAGAGAACUCCACCUCAAAGUAAUAGAUCUUCAGCUUCAAGAGACUCUGGUUCAAAUCUUCUGUCAACAAACCCAACAGGCCAGCUCAAUGGAACAACACUGUGUAAUCACCAUCCAACAAUUGUUAGGCAAAAAAAUGGACCAAAUCCUAGUGAAAAUUGUUAUGAAACACCCCCAGGAAGUAACAGAUCAUCACUUGAAAGAUUAUUAUCAGUAGAAAAUUCACCGAUUUAUGAAUCUCUCUCGCCUGCAGUUUCUGCAGAACAUUUAGAUGCUGCGCAGCAUGUUUAUGAUGUUCCACCUUCGCGAAAUCAUGUUCACUCACUCAGUAACCCUAAUUCACAAGCUAGUCUUUGCUCUGCUGUCUCCAACGAGUCACUUCUCUCCAACACAUCUUGUCUGAGCAGUAAUCGUAUCUCACAGAACACCAGCCUUCCAGAUUCAGCCUGCUCAAGCAUGGAUUUGCCCUCUGAUAUCUAUGAUGUCCCUCCAUCUGCUCAGGAAGGAGACAGGUCAAGAAAACAAUUAUCCGUGGACUCUGGGCUAGGAUUUUAUGACAGUCCACAAAAGUCUCGACCUUCCUCUGCAACAUCAAACACUGAAAGCCUUAAUGUCUCCAAGUCUUCAUCUGACUAUAAGCCAUUUUCAUUUGCUAAAGAUAUCAAGCGUAGCAAAAGUUUAGAAAAUACAAUCGAUGAUUUGUAUGAUACCCCUAAAAACAAUGGCCCUAAGUUUAUCUGGAAGAAAGCAGAAGAUACAACUGGUAAGAGCUCUUCCAAAGAAUCAUCAGAAGUAUCUAGUGAACCACCUGAAGUAGCCAGAGACUCUGUUAUUUCUGUAACAUCAGACUCCUCAGAUGACAACACAGUGUUGUCUUCAAGUCUGGAUACUGAGCAGCAGUUAACUGACAUUCUGCUGUGGGAUGUACUGCUAUUAGAUCCUAAUUCUGCUGUAGAGAUGCUUGCUAAGAAACAGCAAGAAAUAUCCAAGGCCACUACGAAGUUAUCCAGUUAUGUCAACAGUACUUGGAGAAGCCGAUCAAGUUUGGAAAAGACAUUGUAUGAGAUCAAGGUGUCAUGUACUCUGGUGAAAAGUUCCUUACAAGAUUUUGUGGGCUUUUGUCACGGUGCACUUGCCAAUGCUGUUAGACUGCCCGACUACCAUUUGGCCAGCAGACUGCAAAAAUAUGUAUCUCCACUUCAGAGUACCCUGGAGCUAGUUAAUAAAUCUUACUUGAAACUUGAGGACAUAAAAUGGCAAGUUUCGUUGUUGUCAGAGCCACUAGACAAAAGCAAACCUGACGACUUGAGUCAAAUUGCUUUGGUUGCCACAGACCUGAUGUCUGAUGUGAAGAAGACAGCCUUAUUUAUUCAAAGUAAUAACCAGAUUUUGUUUUCAAGAAUUGCAAAAGGUGAAGUCAGGAGUUCUUCAGUGUCUUCUAAACCACCAGUGGGUUUAAAGGUUGGAAAUAGUGGAGGAAAUAGUUCUAGCAGUGCAUCUGGGCAGUAUAAGAAUAUUCAACACCGACCUCUGCCUGCGGUGCCUGGUGGAGUCACAUGUAUUCCACCAAACUCUGUACAACCUACGCAGGAGAAGCCUAAACUACCACUGUCUGAAAUUAAGAAAACAUUAAACAUGGAUGACUAUGUUGAGUGUGAUGAUCUUUCUUUCAAAACAGAGACUGAGGCAGCACACAAUGCAUCAGUGGGACACACAGUAAAAGAGCAUGAUUAUGUCCAUCUGGAUCCAGCAGAUUUAUGUACAUCUGACAGUUCAAAUAAUGAACUUGCUUGGGAUGGCAAUAAUACUUGUGAACAGAAUGAACAAGACAUGUUCAGAAAUAACCACAUAAAUAUAAAUAUAGGUCAACAAAACCUAAAGACAGAUAUUUCAGAAAUUUGUAAUUAUGAUGUGAACAUACUUCCAGUUAAUAAUAAUGCUUUCCAGUACAAACUAGAUAUCAAAUACUCACAGCCUGAGAAAGCAUUUCCUGUUCUAACUAAUGAGGAAACAACUCUUAAUUCAGAUACCAUUUCUGACCUAGAAAGGUCUGAACAAGAUCUGAAAACACCUGUAAAUUUAAACACCUCUUCAGAUGAUGCAAAAUUCAUUCUGCCACCAGUGAGUUCUGCUAACUUUACAACUGAACCAGAGGCUUUAGAUCCAAAUGAUCGUCAGGUUCUGGCGUUUUAUAUUGACAAAAUGAACAGUCAUUCCACUUUGCUGGCCAAUGCUGUUGAUGCUUUUAUUGGUGUUGUCAGCAACAAAGAGCCUCCAAAUGUUUUUAUAUCACACAGUAAAUUUGUGAUGGUGUCUGCUCACAAGCUAGUGCACAUCGGAGACAGCAUUCACAGAAAUCUCAUCAACAAUAGCCUGAGCAUCAGCAUCAUGCAGUGUGCCAAUCAUUUGUGUGACUGUCUCAAAGCCUCCGUCACAGCCACUAAGAUUGCUGCCCUGCAGUAUCCGUCUCCGCUAGCAGUCCAAGAAAUGGUCGAUGGAGUGGUCGCUGUGUCCCACGCAGCUCAGCAGCUCAAACGUGUUAUCAUACAAGCAGCAAAGCAAUAA